AUGGCUUCUUCCUCUUACGCACCAUUCUCUGCAGUCUUCAGCGGUUUCGCUGCAACCAAACCUAACCCCCCUCCAACUUGUUCUGCUUUUCUCGUCCCUAAGCGAACAUCAAACUCUCGGAAUCUGAAAAACGGGGUUUCCUUGAAAUCUUGGAAUAAGCAUGUGUUUCAAUUCCAUUCAAGAAAUUUGAGAGUGUAUGCAAGAGCUACCGAAGAGAAGACUGUUCAUGAUUUCACUGUAAAGGACAUAAGUGGGAAGGAUGUUUCUCUAGACAAAUUCAAAGGAAAACCUCUGCUGAUCGUUAACGUUGCUUCAAAAUGUGGUUUGACAUCAUCAAACUACACAGAGCUUUCACAAUUGUACGACAAAUACAGGAACCAAGGAUUUGAGAUUUUAGCUUUCCCGUGCAAUCAAUUUGGAGGUCAAGAACCCGAAUCAAACCCGGAUAUCAAGCGAUUCGUGUGUACCAGAUUCAAAGCUGAGUUCCCUAUAUUUGAUAAGGUUGAUGUGAAUGGACCGAGCACAGCCCCAAUCUACCAGUUCUUGAAAUCAAAGUCGGGUGGAUUCUUGGGUGAUCUCAUCAAAUGGAACUUUGAGAAAUUCUUGGUUGACAAAAAUGGCAACGUCGUCCAAAGAUACCCUUCCACGACUUCCCCUUUACAAAUUGAGGGCCGUGUCCGCGCUACGCGCGGAUUGUCUGAUAUUUAUGCUAGAUCGUAUUUCAUUAGGUCAGGGAAUUCGGUUUCAGCAUCAAUGGGGUUGGGAAAUAGGGUAGCUCAGAUCAAUUGCCUUGAAUGCGGCUGCUGA